AUGGACGAGCUCAUUCGCACCAUUCAACUAUUGCAGAAGUUCUGCUACCCGCGGACAUUGACAAUCUGUGUACGCAUCCUCGAGGAACUCGAUAUUCCUUAUGACUGGUGUGCACUCGAAUCCCCCGAUGCCAAAUCGGAGGCCUUUACGAAGAUCAAUGUCAAUGGCCGUGUGCCAGCAAUCGUGGAUCCGAAAUAUUGGCAUCGCGUUGUGGGAGUCUGGUGCGAUUAUCUUGUAUUUGAUCGAGGAGUAGGACAAGGAGGGAAAGCUGUCUUACAAGACUGCUCCUGA